UCUCUCUCCUCUCCGGCUGAACCUACCACAUGUCCACUUCUGAUUCACCUCCUCCACUCGCCGUUUCAUCAAAUUAAUUGAGGGGAAUUAAUUCCCACCUCAUCCUCUCCAAUUCUCCCAUAAUUUCCCACUUAAUCCCGCAUUAUUCGUGGUGGAUUUUGAUGAUGCUCAUCAAUGGUGAGAUCCACCAUGGCCGGCGUCGAUCUCCCUCCCCGGCGUCCUUAUCCCUCCCCUCCGGCCUAUAAAAGGGACCCCCGACUCCCUCCUCUCUCCCCUCACACCGCCACCCUCUCCCUCUCCUCUCUUUGCGGCCGCCGCGCCGCUCUCUUCUUGUGUCGCCGCCGUCGCAACUCCGGCUGCCCCUCGCCAGUGGUCGGAACCUCAUCGGAGCCCGGCGUCGCCACCAUCCGCUUCGCCGCUUCCUCCUCUUCCCCGUCCACCCCUCCGUCGAGCACGAGGACCGCGGGAAUGACAACGACAACGACGACCCGAAGCUUCUCGCCGUUUCUUCCUCACCGCCGGCAACACCGUCGACCUCUCGCCGCCGCGUCUGCUCGAUCCCGCCGUUCCGGAAGAUCAGCUGUUCAUCGCCGUUGACAUUGAAGACUUUGUGAGCGAUCAAGGCAAGUCAUAUCUACCUUGAACAUGUUGAAUCCCAUAUUGUGAAAAUUAUGUUGUUUUACUUAUACUGCAUUGAUUUAUAAAUUAUACCGUUCAUUAUUAAUAUUGUUUUAUUAGUUAUUCCUAUGCUCUUUGUUAUGGCCAUGAUGUUGAUUUGAUAUCCAUGAUCGUUGUGAACCUUAGUAAAAUUAUAACUUGACUAGUCUAGUACCCUACAUGAUGGACUGACUAGUUGCUUUAGGUAAAUGCUUAGUCAUGCUUAGUUCCAACCUAGAACUUUUGGAUAAACUAGACUAUGGUGGUUAACAACUAAAACUGGAUUAGUGAAGAAAGUGAAGAUGAAGAAAUGGCUUUUAUUGUCAAGAGAUUCAAGCACUUUCUUCGCAAGAGUGGCUAUGGCAAAGGGAGGAAGGAUGAUAACAAGGGAAAGAGGCAAUCAAAGAGAGCUUGUUUCAAUUGUGGCGAAUAUGGCCACUUCAUUGCCGAUUGUCCCAAGUCAAAUGAAGCUAAGGCUAUGGGAGGCAAGAAGAAGCCGGAGCAUGAUCAUGUGGCGGAGGCACACAUGACGGAGGUGUGGUACUCCGGAGAUGAAGAAGAUCCCGAGGUCAAGCCCAAGCCCAAGCCGAAAGACAAGGUUGAAGGAGAAGGUGGUGUUGCUACCGUCGCCUUCAAGUCAUCUUCUUCAAGCAAGGAGCGUCUCUUCAACAACUUGAGUGAUGACGACGAUGACUCCUACCACUACUCUUGUUUCAUGGCCCAAGGCCACAAGGUGAUGACUCAAAAGCCCUCUCACACCUCUCUUGAUGUUGAUUCUAGUGAUGAGGAAAGUGAUAAUGAAUUAGAUGAUGUGCUUAAGAGCUUUAGCAAACCCGCUAUGCAACAAUUGGCUAAGUUAAUGAGAGCUUUGGACAACUUGAAUGUCCAUUGUUUGAUAAGAAUUGACUGACAUGCUAGCAGCUAAGCUGGCUAGAGCGUCAGCUCUCUCAUUCUGACUUCUGACAACAUGUUCGAUAUUUAGAUUCGCGAACAUGGCCAUGAGUUGUUCUGCUCUCGUGAAAUAAGGCAUUAAACCUUCCUUUUUUACUGCGUAUGUUCCAGCAAGCUGGUUGACUAUCAGUUGUGAAUCACCAUAUAUAGAGAGUGUGUCUAGCCGCAUAUUCAAGGCUAUCUCGAGACCGAUUAUCAGUGCCUCAUAUUCAGCAGCAUUAUUAGAUACUGCCGUCGUUAGAGUGAACGAAUAUGGAAUUAUAUUUUCAUCGGGUGUGACAAAAACCACACC